AUGCCUCGCACGCGCAGUCGUCAUGCAACCCGCAUAUCCCGACGCAGUCCACCCCGCGAAACACAUUCUGGGGUCGGUAUUCGUCCAAGUUUGAAGAAAAACGACAUUUGUGUCGGUUGUAUAGUAUGGCUUCCGUCCAAAUUGGAAAGCGAUGGAGAUUUAGUUUGUAACCGUGGGAAAAGUUGUUGUAAUGGGAGAUGCUUGGAUGAUGAGGGGUAUAAUCAUCCGGUUGUGAUUUUGGAGCAUGAAGGAGACGUUUGUUCUGUUGCUAUGGUAGAGAAUCUCCUUUUUAUUUGUUCGAAGUUAUUGUUUGAAGAGAAAAUAAAGAGGACAUCCAAACCCCGUCAAAAGUACAACCAGAAAACCCGCAUCGCCAUAUCUCAAACCCCUCAAAAUACAGGAGACCUGGAUACCGAUCCUGAGAUAAAGCUCUAUCUUGAAGCAGGAGAAAUGAAUAAAGCCUCAUUCAUUAUUACUGAGCAUAUUUUUCCAAUCCCCUUCUCAACGCUCCGAGCUAUUAGCUUUAAACCCGAUUCCAGAGCUUUCGAUACAAGACUUUGUAAAACGAGCUAUCUGGAAUUGAUGAGGAGAUUUGAGAUGGAUAAGGAUAAAGUAGAAUGGAUGGAUACGGUGGUCAUGAAGGGGAAACAAGGGAAUGCGAAUGCUGAGAGGAGAAGAAAGGGGCAGAAGAGACCGAGAGUUACAUUCAGAGAUCCAUGGGAGGAAAUCAGAGGGAAUACAUUGGUUUCGCAUCAAAACUCUGAGAGCACAACACGACCUCUAGAUCAGAGAAGUCUUUCCGAACCAAUCCCAUCUACAGAUUUCCCCAGCCUUGUCCAAAUAACUCCACAAACACAUACUGUUCCCACAACCCCGUCACCAGGAUGGUACACCUAUAGCCGUGCAACUAGUCUCGCGAACGAACGCCAAUCUCUCCUCCAGCAACCAUAUCCUAUCCCCUCUCAUCUUCCGCCCUCUCCAUUGCCUUCUCCACCUUUGCCAACAGGACAUCAACAAUACCAUACGAAUGUCCCAUCCCGUGCUCCACGCCCAACUUACCACGUUGCGCUUCCGUCAGUGGAACGCUAUGAUCGUUCGCAUUGGGAUGCAAGGAUACGCAAUAGUAAUUCUCGGACUAAUGAUUUGGAGGGAGGAAGAUUCUGUGUUAGGAACGGGAGUAGGAACGGGAAUGGGAACGGGAAUGGAGAAGAGGGAGAAAGAUAUGAAGGUGGCUUGUUUGUGCAGCUUGUGGUUGUAUUUUUGGGACUGGGUGGAUUUGUUUGGUGGCUGUAUGGGAAGUAAUUCAUUAAUAAAAGGUCAGAGACUUUACGAUUGUAGAGGUAAAUGUGAUGACGAAUUGAGAUUCGGGAAGAAAUGAUUGAUUUAGCGAGGCAUUUUGAGGGAUCCAUAUAUGUAUAUGAGGCGUUUGGCUUUGAAUAUUUAUCGAAACUAUUUUCUUUAGCGCAGCCGACUCGUGAAGGGGAAUGAAACGGUCAAUGUUGAAUAGUUCGGAGCAAGUUCGAAGCAUAGUGUUGUAUCCCCUCGCGGGUGACACGAAACGACCCUGCCCUGGCGUUGGUGGUGACUUAUAACCAAUCAGAAGGGGUUUUAUGAAUUUACAAAUAUAAAAAAGGCCUGCAUAACGUGGUUUAUCAGCAUGUGCACCAUAUCAGCAUGUGCACCACUUUACCUCAAUUAUCUAUAUUAUAUUAAUAUAAAAUAACAACAAUACUAUAAAAUAGAAUCAAAUUAUAUACAAU